UCCGACACUAGUCUCUGCCAGUCUCCCGGCUCCUGUUUCUCGUUUCUCGUUUCGUCGCCACGAACGAGAAGCUAGAGAAACCAGAGAAACCAGAGAAACCGUGGGCGCGCGCCCCGUCGUUCCUAUUGUCCGCUCACCGUUCGUCGUUCGCGAGUGGACGUCCCAGUGUGUUGUGUGUGUGUGUGUGUGUGUUGUGUGUGUGUGUGUGCGGGCAGUUGCACGCUUCGCCUGCCUGAGGAUGGCUGCGAUGCUGUCCAAUUGUUCGCGGUUCGCGCCUCGCGUAAUCACGCGGAGUAGCGUGUUGCGGGCCGAGGUCGCGAGAUCGUUAUGUAGUCAAGGGCACACUCUUAUCCCUGUUUGCAUUAUCCAUGCCGAACACGUGUCCAACGCUAAAGCUCUGUUAUGUAGAAAGUACAAGGCAAAUCACUAUUGGAUAAAUCAAGCGAGACAUAUACGUUCAACUUCAGCACUAUGGGAGAUCAGGGAAGUUGUAGUUCCUGCGUUUGCCGAAAGUGUAAGCGAGGGCGACGUGAGAUGGGAGAAGAAGGUAGGCGACCAAGUAAAGGAAGACGAUGUCCUCUGCGAGAUCGAAACGGACAAGACUUCUGUUCCUGUACCGUCGCCCGGGCCCGGUGUCAUAAAGGAGCUGUUCGUUAAGGAUGGCGAUACUGUAAAGCCGGGACAGAAGUUGUGCACUAUCGACAUCGGUGCAACCGGCGGUGUUACUGUCACACCUGCAGAGAAAACGCCGAAACCUCCUGCGGCCGCGCCGGCGGAAAAGGCACCGAAACCUGUGCCUCCUGCACCUCCUCCGACACCAUCGGCCCCAAGUGUGGCACCUCCAUUGUCCGCAGCGCCGAUCCCACCUCCCGCCACUGAACCACCACCUCCACAAGCACCUACUGCAUCCAUGCCAGUUGCGGCUAUUAAACAUGCUCAGUCGUUGGAAAGCGCAAAAGUUCAGCUACCUCCUAUCGAUUAUACGCGCGAAAUAAUUGGCACCAGGACAGAACAGCGAGUGAAAAUGAAUAGAAUGCGUCUACGUAUUGCGGAACGUCUGAAGGACGCGCAGAAUACGAACGCUAUGCUGACCACGUUUAAUGAAAUUGACAUGAGUCGCAUUAUCGAGUUCCGGAAGAUGCAUCAAGAAUCGUUUACGAAAAAGUACGGCAUCAAGCUCGGGUUUAUGAGUCCAUUUGUCAUGGCCAGUGCCUAUGCUCUAAAAGACCAACCCGUGGUGAAUGCCGUGAUAGAUGGCACCGAUGUAGUAUAUAGAGAUUACGUAGAUAUUAGUGUGGCAGUCGCGACGCCGAAGGGACUUGUCGUGCCCGUACUUCGCAGCGUAGAAAAUAAAAAUUUCGCCGAAAUUGAAAUCGCUUUGGCUGCUUUGGGUGAAAAGGCUAGAAAAGGAAAGAUUACCAUCGAGGAUAUGGAUGGCGGUACUUUUACGAUAAGCAACGGUGGCGUUUUUGGCUCGAUGCUGGGAACUCCAAUUAUCAAUCCACCGCAGAGCGCGAUUCUUGGUAUGCACGGCGUUUUUGACAGACCUAUCGCCAUUAAGGGAGAGGUUAAAAUUCGGCCAAUGAUGUAUAUAGCUUUGACGUAUGAUCAUCGGCUGAUUGAUGGACGUGAGGCUGUGAUGUUCCUGAGGAAGAUCAAAGACGCUGUGGAAGAUCCUAGAAUUAUUUUGGCUGGCCUUUAAUAACUUGGGAUACAUUUAUCGCGCGUGUUAACGAUGCGGUUGAUCACUAUUGAAUAAACAAGAAUGCGACGCGAGAAUCUGGAAUCUCGGCAGGCAGUAUUUCUGCUUCCAGAAAUCUGUAAUCAUUGAAACAUCCCCUCUAAGGAACGUCUCUUGAUAUCUUAUUUCGUAUACCAUUAAUCAAGCUACACGUGGGAUGUGACAGGCGUAAUCAUAAAUAACGAUAAGUUGGCGAACUAAUCCUGUCUAUUAUUCUGAAUUCUUGCAACGAGAAUAUUGUAAGGCGAAUUCGUUUCGCACGUUACAGUCUGUAAUCUAUCGCUGAAUGACGUAAUUUUUGUUUUUGGAAUUUUUUCACAUAUUAUUCGGCAACCCGAAUAAAUGCCGAACCGAUAAUCGCAUUCUUGCGAGCAUUCAUAUUUUUGUCGUCACAUCGAUAUCGAUCGGUGUCGAAAGGCGGAGCACAGAGAAGUUGGAGUCGAGGAAGGGCUAGAAGGUACUUAUCCUAAGUACUCUAGAUGUAGACCCAUAAGCUAAAAUAAAAUCUCUCACCAAUAUAAGUCUUUUUAGCGUUGUUGAAUUGUGCGUCACAUUGCGGCCGUAGGAUAAGUAACGUGAUUUGAUAAAUAUUUAAAUACGUGGAAGUGAUAUUACUGUUGGCACUUGUACGUUAUAUAUCGAGCAUCUCGGGGAGAGGGAGGAGGGGGGGGGACGAUAUAUAUUGCACGUGAGAAAUUUUGCACUCGAAGGAAAAUGGCUCAUUCGUAAUUUUGUAAAUCAAAAAUUGUUUAUUAAGUAAAAAAAAAAAUCAACUGUCGUCUACGUUUACACGACUCGAUUUACGCCGAGGUUGUAACAUCGAUGUUAUAACUUUGGCGUAAAUCGAGCCGUGUAAACGUAAUCAAUGUGGACAAGAUAUGUUUUUACGAUAGAGUAUGUAUGUGGGAGGGAUGGGAUGGAAGAGCCGUUUAAUCACGUGUUAAUUU